AUGCACUGUCCUCGCAGGAGGAGAUUAGGGUUCGAGCAAGAAGCGACGGACGUCGAUUACCUCGACGUGGUCAUGUGCUGGAAAGGCAUAUCAAGUGCCCAAGCUGUCGAGCUCACGAUAUGGGAGCGCGUCUUUGAGCAAUGUCUGGUCCCACAAUUCGAGAGUCACAUGAGGCGAAACGUUGUUGCUGAACUUGGCGCAUUACGAGAUCAUAUUGCCGAGGACGAGCUCUGGCCUUGCUUGAAACAGAUCAUGCCCGCCAAGCACAAGCGUCUUGUUCGAAUGGAUCUUCCUAAACUCAUCCACGACAUGAUCGACGCUUUCUACGAUGAUUUUCGGGCCCUCCCUACAAAUACCAGAUGGUCGUUCAGGUCUGGCGACCUACCAAACUUCGUGUAUAAUUACAUCAUGACGCAGGAUUACCUGCUCCGCUUCUCAGACGGGCUAUACAUAUCGGUCGAUGUCGAUAUUGCCUGGGAAACAAUGCCUGUGCUCAUGAUCUACGCCGCCGUCGUCUCGCAACCACCCAAUAUCAAGCUCUGGCGUAUGCCCUUUGGCCCGAAAGACCGGAACGCCUUUGUUCUCUACUUUGAACGCAUCUUUAGCGAAUCAGGAUCUUCAAGCUACGAACACUUUCCCGAGGAUGUUGUGUGUGAAGUGAAGAGAUACAAAACGAAGACAGUGUCUGAGACAAUCGUUCAAGCCAAGAUGGUCACGCAAUUUCCAGGUCACGUACGCUACGAACGUGUAUUGCGUCAUGCGGUCAAGGGCGAAGUGAUGGACAUAUACCAAGUCGUUGCAACGCCAGACGACGACAGACCACAGCAGGAGGAACCGUCGACGCCCUGGGUUCCAUCGUACACUAGUACGCCACUGUCCAAGACUCGCCCCCGUCAAGCACGUAUUCCGUCUCUACAUGAAUGCUGGAAUGAAGCAUUUGCAUACUUUAGACGACAGUCUGAUAAGAGCCUCGAUGACGAAGCUGACAUCUCAGCCACAUCGAUUGCGGACGCAUCCGUGCUGUCUGAUCCUGAUCUGCCAGCCGAGUCGCCUAGGAAACGAAAGGCUCCAUUCCGCUCCACAAGCCUGGACGGAGCAUCGACCUUGAAACCGGCAGACCACGAGUCAGACACUUGUCUCAAGCGUCAAAAGGUGGAGUCUUCCGGCCAUUUCCACAUGCUCACGACUUCUACGUCUACCGAGGUCAUCGAGCUGCAGAAGAAGUGCGCUGCCAUUGCACAGGACGUUGCCGCUAUGCGCAAACAACUCGGCCCACUCGGUCAACCUGUGAACGGCAGUGAUUAUGAUGUGUUGCGGCAUAGUGAGGAUAUUGUGCGUCGUUUAAGGGAAGCAGUCGGCCCGUCACGCCCCUCGACUCCAACAGUAUCUGCCACCAAGUUAUCGCAGCCACAGGGCGAAGACCGACAGAAGUCUCUUAUUGAGAAAGGAAAGGCAGUUGUUUUACCUCCUACGCCUCCCAUGGAACAACACGACUCAUUGCUCCCCCGAUCACUUUCGCCAAUCUGUCUCACCAGCGAAUCUGAAGAGAGCGGCAGUAUUUCUUCCAAUUCUGCCAUCGAUGCCAGUGGUCUCGGUGGUCAGCAGCGCGGUCAUGGUGAUAACGCAAGGUCACACCGUCAUUCGAACGAACUUUCUCAAGACGAGAUCCAGAAGAACUAUCGCGAAUUCGAGGCGGCUGCUCAGCGCAGGAUGACGGACCCCACGUACGCGCCCGUCAGCGAUGUGGGUGACAUGAACUUUGAACGCAUUUUCCUGGGGGAUAGCGAAGCGGAGGAUUUGAGCCUGGGCGACAUCAGUGGCUUGAGUGAGGAGAUGAGUGGGUUGGACAUGGAUGAGAAGUAG